ACACAAAUUGAGAGAAUUUUUUAAGCAACAAGUGAAAUGGAAGUCCUGUCCAUACAACUGCAGAGGCACAAUAGAGAGUGGAAGAUGAGUGACAUGUCUUUUAAAGUUUUCAAUGAGUUGCGACUGGAGGGAAAGCUGUGUGAUGUAGUCAUCAUCGCAAACGGUGUUGCAUUCAACGCCCACAAGAACAUCCUAUGUGGCUGCAGUCCCUAUUUCCGCACUCUGUUCACCAGUGGCUGGAACAGCACAGAGAAGCGGGUGUUCAGCAUCCCUGGUGUAUCACCACAGAUGAUGAAACUGAUUAUUGAGUAUGCCUACACAGGCACCCUGCCAAUCACAGCAAGAAAUGUGGAGCCCUUACUGGAGGCUGCUGACCAGUUCUGUGUCCCGGGUAUCACCCAGGCCUGCUGUGACUUUCUGGAGUCCCAGCUUUGCCCUCAAAACUGCAUUGGCAUCUGGAAAUUCACCAAAUUCUACUUUUGCCCUGAGCUCCAGCGACAUGCCUACCGCUUCAUUCUGCACCACUUUGAGGAGAUAGGAUACACCUCAGAAGAGUUCCUGGAGCUUACACCAUCCCAGCUCUGUGACAUCAUUGAGAAGGAUGACCUCAAUGUUGAGCAAGAGGAAGUGGUGUUUGACACAAUUCUACGCUGGAUAGCCCACGCAAAAGCUACCCGGAAAUCCUUUAUGUCAAUGCUGUUGCCCAAGGUCCGGAUGGCUUUGAUGAAUGCCGAUUACUUUAUGAACAACGUUAAGAAAAAUUCCCUGGUAAAGGACAGUGAGGAGUGCAAGCCCAUCAUCAUCAAAGCCCUGAAGGCCAUGUAUGAUCUUGACAUGAACGGUUCCUCCAGCCCCCUACUCUGUAACCCACUGGCACGCCAGCGACUACCCUAUACCAUCCUGCUAUGCAUUGGGGGCUGUAGCACUAACGGCCCCUCCAAUGCUGUUGAGGCCUUUGACGCACGGGCAGACCGCUGGGUUGAUGUGACGCUACGGGAGGGUCCCAGGCUGGCUUACCAUGGAACUGCCACCUUGAAUGGUUUUGUCUACUGUGUGGGUGGCUACAACAACAUUGACUACAUGAGCAGCGUCCACAAAUUCAACCCUGUGACACGUACCUGGCACCAGGUGGCGCCAAUGCACUGGCGCCGCUGCUAUGUGAGCGUGGCCAUCCUGGAUGGCCUCAUCUAUGCCAUGGGCGGCUUUGACGGCUACAUGCGCCACAACUCUGCUGAGCGCUAUGAGCCUGAAAGGAAUCAGUGGACCCUCAUCCCGCCAAUGCACGUGCAGAGGAGUGAUGCGAGUGCCACCUCACUACAUGGCAAGGUGUACAUCUGUGGUGGCUUCACUGGGGUUGACUAUCUGUUCAGCGCCGAGUACUACAGCCCACAGACCAGUACCUGGACUAUGAUCGCCCCCAUGAGAACUCGCCGCAGUGGUCUUGGGGUCGUUGCAUAUGAGGAGCAGAUCUACGUAGUGGGGGGCUUUGACGGAGUCACCCGGUUACGAAGCACCGAGGCCUACAACCCGCUGACAGACAGCUGGCGCUCCGUGUCCCCCAUGUUCAACCCCCGCAGCAACUUUGGCAUCGAGGUGGUGGAAGACCAGCUGUUCGUAAUGGCCGGUUUCAAUGGAUUCACAGUCAUUUUCCAUGUGGAAUGCUAUGAUGAGAGGGAAGACAAGUGGUAUGAUGUCCCGGACAUGAACGUUGCCCGCAGUGCCCUCAGCUGUUGUGUGCUAUCUGGCCUUCCCAACAUCACUCAAUACAUCGCCCCUCGAGAUUCUCAGCAGGGCUCCAUGGAAGAGCCCAUGGCUGAUGCCAAGAGCAUGAUCGCUGCAUGA